AUGGAAAGCCAGCGAGCCAAUUCGGGUUCUAAUGUGAACCGUAAACCGUCGAAAACAAAAACAAAUACUAAAGUCACGAAAACCACAAAAAAUGCUAGCGGAGAUUGUAGUGACUUGUCUGAAAGCACUUCUCAUACUCAGUUCUUUGUUAAAAGUAAAAACUUUGGAGCAUACACGAGAGUUAGAAGGGAUAGAUAUUAUGAGAUACAAGCUUUUUCAUCCUCCGAUAGUUUUGGCUGCAUUCAUGGCCCAGACGGAAAACCUUACACGGAGAGCGAACAGCUAAAUAGAGCUUUUCGUCACGAUUUGGAUCCUGUCCCAGUAGAGCAGGCAUGGAACUCCACAUGUCCCCCGGCGUGCGGUUGGGAGAUGGCGCAGAAGUUGCAGUUCCUGGUGACGGACGCGGCGCCCCUCCGACAACUGGACCGACUUAAUGCCCAUCUACGUGACUUCGCUUCCAUUUCUCAACACGGUUAUAGAAUUGAUGUCCUUGACAGUGUAACCGUAAUACUAGACUUUCUGGAGGCAACGUACAUGAAAGAACCCAGCUUACGUGAAGGUUUUGUGUUCUUAUUGAAAAACAUACAUCAACCUAUUAUAUUGAACAGAAGCGCAGACCUCGUAAAGUUUUUUGAUAAUGUGACUAAAUAUAUAGGAUUUCUAGGUUGUCUGUUGCUGUGUAUGGAAGAGGACGAGCUGUUUGCGGUAGUUGCUGAUGCGUUGCUGUGGCACCUGUCGGCGCCGGACGCGCGGCGGCCUGCGAACGCGCUGCGCCGCCGCACGACGCUGCUGGCGGCAGCGCCGGCGCUCUACCACGCGGCCGCCAGGAUGCUGGCAGUCGCAUCGCCCAACCGCUUCCCCACAUUCUUGAAGAUGUCUCUAUUGUUAGCUGCUGCCUCGCAGGAAAAUUGUGUGGAGCUGGUCAAGGAGAACAUAUUAGAAAAUAUAUUGUACCGCUUCAACCCAUACUUCCCCGAGAGAAAGUUGCCGGAGUACGACAUUAAUCCAGCCGAUCCUCAACACUACAAUGUUCAAUUGGGAGCCAGCAGCGUCCACCUCCACACUACACUCACCUUGCUCCUAGUGCUCGUCAAGGCAUUAAAGCAAUGUAGCGAGAUGAAUCCCAAGUUUCAAGAACAGUUACCAGCACCGGAUACUUACGCACAAAGGUGCUUCAUAUGGGCGUACAGAUAUGAGUGCCGCGCGCGCGAACAUCAAGCCGAGCGGACUACGCUGACCGUGAUCGCAUCUGCUCUGCUCCGGUGCUUCGGUGCACGGCUUGAGACUUUUGCCGCGCGUCUGAUGCCCGAUGUGAUGUCGUUGUCGGUGGCGUCGGAACUCCAACUCCGCGGGGGCUGGGCUGCCACCGUAAACAUCAACACUUCGCUGCCAGACGUACAAUUUAAGAAGGCCCUCAUAUACCUGAGCGUUGAUUGCAUUAAAAUAUUUCCAUAUAACCGAUUUCUGAUAGAAUCCCAACAUUGGUUUGUCGGGUUGGUGUGUUUGCUGGACCCUGGGCUGACGCAGCUCAGGCCGAAGUGGCCGCAGCCGCUUUACGACGAGCUCAGGCAAACGGCUCUCCAGGCAUUGGUGUGCGUUCUUCCGUUGGCACAGACCAAUGUGGCUAAAGACUGUGGAUUAAUAAGGAGGAUAAUGUGGUACGUGGAGUGGUACUCGUGGAACCAGUUCGAGCUGAGCGCGUUGUACUGGAUCCUGCGGUUGCUAAAAGCAGCCGUGGGCCACCGCGGCUCGCUGCCGCGCCCUCACACCAUCAAAGAACUCUUCAACUCGCACGGGAUUAUCAUUCUAAUGCACUUAUGCUCUACCCUGAUUCGGCAGCGAGACCCGCCAGUAGAGAUGUGCCAGGUGGUCCUAGCGCUAUGCCUGCGGGUGCUGGCGGGCGCCCUCGAGGACCCCUCGAGGGUCAAGUGCGAGGUGUAUCCUCAAAUCGUGUGGCCUGUUUCCAUCAACUCCCUCUCGCGGACCAUGAUGAAUGUUAUUAUGCAUUCGCUUGAACGGAGUUAUAUUAUCAGCGAGAGGUGGUUAAUAUCCGUCUUGAAUUUUAUUUGGGAAGGCAUAAUAUGGAGAGACGAAUACAGGAAACAGUUCUUAGCAAACAAUGGUGUUUACCAGUUGUUAGAUUUAAUUACAAUGGUGCACGCGCCGGUGCAGUGCGUGGCGCUGGCGCUGGUGUGCGACGUGACCGUCGCCGGCGGCGCCGUCUCGCAGCUCGUCACCUGGCGCGCCGGCGUCGGUGCUUCUCACGCUCACCCUCGCGUCGUACAAACGGGAGCUACCAUCGCGACUCUCUUGGCGUCGCUCGUCCGAGACGAAUGCCGCACGCUCGGCGUGGACUUGAACGAGGAUGGAGUUAUACAGGAUUUGAAUAAUCCGUUGAGAUCGGCUAGAGUUCGGAAAGCGCUAGAAAAUCCUAAAUUAAACACGGUUCAUCACCGACAGCCUAUAUGCUAUGCUGCUGCUGAUUUGGCAGGGUCUCGUAUGUCUAAGGCUUACGUCCUUCUACAGAUGUUGUCUGAAGACUUGAAUGACAAGGUGUCGAUAGCGGACGAAGCAUAUAACCUGUACAAGCACAUACAUAUGGCGCGUCAAGACGAAGUAAUUUUAACACUAUGUUCACAUUACUUGACUGCGAAACUAAUGGAAACGUGGAUAGAAACACAAAUGCAGAGCCCUAACCUCGAGCUUCACGAUGCCGAUAUUCUUGAAGAAUUUGUUCACAUAAACAAAGGUUGGAAUGUUGAAAUAAAGCGUCAACAAGAAGCAAUCAUCGAAAUGGAUCGAAAAAAAAAACACGAGGAGGAGCGUUCUUUGUACUCGUUCCUGGCGCGGGUGCGCCUGAACACGGCGCUGGACGCGCUGCGGGAGGUGCGCGCGAGCGCGCGCUCGGCCUCGCGCGGGGAGCUCGUGCGCGCCAUGCUGGCGGACGCCGUGGCCGCGCACCACCGCCGCACCAUGCAGGCCAAUGACCUCGGCGAACCUUUGCUGCGUACCUAUCAGCCUUCGCUUGACGAUCAGAACACAAUCGCUCAGUAUGUGCAAACCUACUGCAUCCCGAAAAAGAACAGUAAGGUCGAUAGUCGAUCUACAACUCCGUACAGCGUGCUUUAAUUUCUGUCACGAAUUUAUUAUACCAAUA